GGACACAAACAUGAAAGCCUACGUACUCCUUUUUCUCCUUCAACAGCACUGCCUCAUCAUCAAGGCUAGUUUCUUCCAUACAAACAAUAAUAAAACCUCUGAUAAUGCCCACAUUGGUUACCAGCUAACUGUGGCUAUACCCACGGAAUACAGCAGAGGGUUCGUGGGGAGGGCUUUUCUGAUGGAAACUGCCGCCGCCGCCAAAUCACCGCUAGCCAACUUUAGGGCUGCGGUCAGCGUUGAAGCGGUUGACGAUGACAAGAAGUUAUACACAUGUUCACUUGAUGUUUUUCUUGGUGAAGAUGUGAAAGUAUGGAGUUCUGGUCAUCUCUCUCCCUUUUACGCCAUGGGCAGUUGCACUCUUGAGCUAACACAGAAUGGGGGUGACCUACAACUGAAGGGCGCUCGGAGAGGUGGCCGUGCGGCCAUCGCCGCUGUUGGAUGGCAUGCUGGAACUUCUGGACAAGGCGUUCAGGUAAUAAAGAUGUUUUUACUUGGACUGUAAUUUGUCCCAGAUCAGACCAGACCAGACCAGACCAAAUCAGACCAGAUCAGACCAGACAUGGGUAGUUAUAAAAAUACAAAGAAACCAGACCAGACUAGACCAGACUAGCAAAUUACAGUCCAAGUAAAAACAUCCUAAGACUGCAACGGUAUAUAGUUUAGAAAUUGUCCUAAGACUAAAGUUUGCAAUAGACUAAUGCCUUAAAUCAUUCACAAAUAUGACUAAACAUUGAUUUCCUACUCUAAAUACCCUAAUAUAGAUACCUUUCCCACCGCCUCCUAGUACCACUACCACCAUCUCCGAUUGGUGAAAAAAAUGUCAUUUUCUGUGAAAAUGUCAAAAAAUGGCAUCAUUACUCUUGAUAAUGUAAUGCCAAAAUUUUCAUUGAAUGUGCUAUUAUUAUGGCAUUACUAAACAUGUUGGCAUUUUUUCUCUGGUGAUCGAAGCUGAUUGUGCUGGGGGUGGCAGAGGCGGCGUUUUUUUAUUAGGCUUUUACUUUUUUUAAUUUUUUUUUGAAUUUUCAUUUUAUAAGUAUUUUAUUUUAUUUUUUUAAUUUUUUAACGUUUUUUUUAUUAUUCUUAGGGAAAAGGAUCAGAUAGGCUCUCGAACUUACAUAAAAAGAUCAAAUAAGCCAUUAUAUAGAAAGCUUUGUCCGGCCGUCACCAUUUAGGGAGGUUCUCGAUGUAAUUUUUUAAUCAUCUUAUUCAUUAAAUCUAGUUUACUCAUACCAAAUUUAAGCUAACAAUUCAAUCGGGAUGCCAUCACCUCAUCGCGUCCAGUCCACUUAAAGGGUUUCCUUUCUUCCUCGUUUGGCGUAUUUAUAAGAUCUAUGAUGAGUAGGUGUAUCAGACCUUUUGAAAAAACAGAUGACUUUAAAACGUUACAUUUUUACCAUCGCUUUAUUUUCCUAAUUAUAUUUUAUUAAUACAACAUACCUAAAGUACCGAAUAUAAUUAAUCACAGGGUGUUUGUCAAUCGGCUGUUGGCUGUUAGCUGUUGGCCGAUUCUUUUAGCUGAUUGAUAACAACGGAUUCUAUUGGCUGUUUUGGUCAGCGCGCUGAUAAUGUUAACAGUUUAUCAAAUUGUAUUUGGUUAAAUGACUGUUUAGACUUGAUAAAUAACAUUUAGGUACUCAAUAAAUAUUUAAUUAAAAUAAGUAAUAAUUAUUUCAAUAAAAGAACUAUAUCGUUAAAUAAUUUAGAUGAGUUCAAUUUAGAUGAAGCUCUUCAACGUCUGGCUCUUUCUUUGCAAAAUAAAAAACUGAGAGAUUGGUUGCUAGUUCAAUCGUUGCAGCACCACAUCUCUAGUAAUCACAUACAACUUUUGCAUAUAUUUGGACGCUGAUUGACGAGACUCCAUUUAAUUUGUUUAAACAUGGGUUAUUGAACAAAUUGGCGUCCCCCAUUUGUUUAACUAGGUUCGACUCACAUAAAUGAGCAAAUUGACUUGUGCCCUUCGACGAAAGAAGAUUCCGGACGGCAGGAGUUUUUUUUUAUUGGGCGGAAGUUUUCUCUGCGUGGGGAAAAUACAGCAACCUAGCGACGUGGGCAGUAUAGGGAAGAUACUCAAAACUCAAAAGCCAAUACUAAACGCUAUGUUUGAUGGCUUUUCUAAUUUUGGCUUUUUGGAACAAAAAACCAAUUGAAAAUGCUAUUUAGGGCAUGUUUGGCACAACUAGCUGAAAAGAUACUUUUGUGAGCUUUUUAAUAGCUGUUAACUUUUAGUGACUGAAAGGAUCUUAAAAAGAAAAGGUGGUAGCUGUUUGAUAAAAAGCUGACUGUUUGAUUUAGUUCGGUUUGGUAUACAAGCUGUUAGGAUUAAUUAAUACUAAAAGUCACUAGCUUUUCUUAGAUGCUACUCCCGGUAGCAUCUCAAAAAAGAUCUUUUAAUUUUUGAAAAGCUCUUAAAUAUUGUCAUGCCAAGCACAUAACUAGAAGCUUUUAGGAAUUUUUUGAACAGUACAAAAGCUAGAAGUCAGGGACUUAUGCCCGCCAAACAUAGCCUUAACCAAACAUAUUUAUUGGCUGAUUGAUUUAGCCAAAAGGCUAACUUUGGUCAAAUCAUUCAAAAAAUGGCUGAUACGCUCUCAAAGGGCCCGACCGCCCGACCAUAACCUCCGAGUCCUAAAUGCUUUUGAAAUGAGUCGCACUAAGGAAUCAUCAAGGCUUAAAGUACGUAUUCACAAUUUGAAAUUAAGAAAAAGAAAAAAAAGAGAUGCUACUCACACAUAUUAAAGAAAUAAACUUAUCAGGGGUAAGUUUUGACACUGUUUCAACACUGUCUGACACUGUUUGACACUGCUUUGCACUGUUUGGCACUGUUUUGAUGUAUAUAACUUGUCAUUUAAAGAAAAAAGAACUUCUUUUUGGGACUUCUAAAAAAGGAAAGCGGGAACUUCUUUGCGGGACGGAGGGAGUACAUAGUACUACAUAUUGGAGAUCUUUAUUGCGCGAAUGAGAGUAAGGGGGUGUUUGGAUCUGAUUCUUAAACUGCUUCUGCUCCCUGAAGGAUCAGAACCAGAAGUUGGAGUGUUUGGGUGAAAGUUCAGAAGUGAUUUUGGUGUUCUAAUAUACUCUCAAAAUCAGUUUUUCACUACAAAAAAGUGCACAUAGACUGCACAUGGACAACAAUUUUUUUUGCGAUGGCAGCAUAACUGUCGUUAAAAACACCAUUAACCACACAUUUUUUUAUUUAUCACACACAAAAAUGUGGUAAAAUCUUAGAGACGACAGUUUUUAACUGUGACCAAUGUUUUUACCACAGCUGUUGUGCCGACGCACGUAAAAGUGUAAAACUGUCGCAAAACUAUGUAAAAACGUAAGGAGGAACAUUUACGACAGUUUUGCGUCAGUUUUACGUGCAUCGCCAUAACAGUCGUGUUAUAAACAUUGGCCACAAUUAAAAAUUGUCGUCUCUGACCUUUUACCACCGUUUUGUAUGUGGUAAAUAAAAAAAUUUGUGGUUAAUGGUGUUUUUAACAACAGUUAUGCGGACCAUCGCAAAAAAAAAUUGGUCUAUGUGUGGUCUAUGUGCACUUUUCUUGUAGUGUUUUUAGAAGAUGGGGAGAGACCAACUUCUAAAAAUUGAUUCGGAGUUUACUUCUGCUUUAAAAAAGAAGCAGAAGCAGAAUCAGUUCCAAACACCCCCUAACCAUUAGCAAAUACGGAGUAAGUAAUAGCAAAUAUUAGAAGUUUAAUAAACACACAAUUUACAAAUUAUUGAAAACACACAAUCUCUCGCCGUCACAUAUCAAGUGGGGGCGAGUUUGUUUUUUCGGUUCGGUUUUACCCAAAAUCAAGUCAGACCGACUUGUCACCCUCGAAACUACAACAUACACCCUCACAUACUAUUUCGCUUUAAUAGGAAAAAUAACAUGAAACCAGCCUCAGAUCAACUCCAGUACAAAAAAGAAAACUUUCUUGAAUUAAACUUCACCAACUUUUGAUUACCCAUUCUAUUCUUGAGUAAAUUCCUUAAAUAAGACUAACAUUGACAAAAUGCGUAAAUAGGACCAUGAUUAUUUCCUUCCUAAAAUAUGACUCAUUAAGGCCUAAUUGAUGAAAUUUUGUUUUUUAAUAGGUUCAAAUAAGUAAUAUUUAGAGAAUUGUAAACAUAUGGUCAUAUGCACUUUGAUUAACUUUUAAUCCUAUUUAGAGCAAUUACUAUUUAUUCUUUUAUACAUAACCUUUCACCUUUUGUUUUCUACGGAAGUGUAAUAUUUCUUCAUUUUUGGUGGUAUUAAAGGGGCUGUGUAACCGAUAAUACUACUCCGAGUAUGUUUAAACGAACCACUAAAAUAGAAAAUACUCAGGCAGGUGAUACCUUUCGGGCUGGACGCGCAGCAAGUUGGUUGUUUAGGUUUAGUUCGGUUUUUGUCACCCUGUUAGGUACCCAAUUGCAGUUAAAGUGAGGAUUGAAACCCUACUUGAUCUCUACCUUAUCUCUCGUUGUAGAACACAACUCACAAUAUUAAUGACAUUGAGUAUAUAUAUAAUAAAUAUAAAACUCUACCUCGUUUCGUUGAUUGUCCCAUUUCCCCGUUUUGAACCGUCCCAAUUGUCCCAUUAAGAUAGUUUCACAUCAAAUUUGGUAAUAUUUGUAUGGUUCUAAUUUUUUUCUGUUUUAUUCUUACGUUAUCACAAUACCGAUCAAAUAAGUUCACUUUUCUUUAACAAGCGCAACAUCUCCCCAUGCAUCAAAUUUAGGAGUAGAGGUAGCAUGUGAUAUAUAUGAUGUAUUUAUACAGAAAUUAAAGUUGCUACGCACAGGCAAUCUAGUUUUGAUGGAUUCCAAGAACACCAUAAAGUGGCAAAGCUUCAAUUUCCCAACAAACACAAUGUUGUGGGGUCAGAGACUAAGUCCAAUGACUCGGUAACUGGAAGUACUCUUAUUGGGAGUACAAACCAUCUAAUAAUCGAAACAUCACAUAUGCCCGUCUCACAUCACAAGGCCUAGAGAUAUACAAUGGGGUCAACUGGAGAAUGACUCAAAUAACUUCAAAAACACCACAAGAUCCUCCCAAAUUCUUAGCACUAGCAGAUGCUACAGGUAUGAGUCAGUAUUUAAGCCUAUUUUGCAAAAAAAAUAGUUUAGGCUCGUAAUUUGAGUUUUCAUUAUGAGUCCUACAACUACACUCACAUAGGGAUGUGAGUACUUAUUAAAUUUAUCCAUAUUCUGCAUUAAUGUUUUCUGAAUACGGUGUUGUCGUGUGACUGAGAAGUCACGAGUUUAAAUCUUAGGAGCAACUUCUUGUCAAAAUGACAAGAGGAAGGCUUGCCACUUAUACAACCUUAUGGUGGGGCCCUUCCCUGUAUCAUGGCCUUGUGGGGACCCAAAUGUGAAAGUAGCUGCAUUUUUAAGGAAUUUUCUGCCGAAAUAAUGUAUUCUACAUUCUUAUUGUUGUUGGAAAUUUUCCCGGUGCCGUUUUUGUUUGAAAUAUUACAUUUCAGUGGAAAAUUAAAGCAUUCAAUGUGGACAAGCAUAUGAAUUAGAUGUCAUAAUCUAAAAGUAAGUAAAAUGACGAAACUAAUACCGAACACCUUAAACUACUUUAAAAAACUAAGCAAGUCAAUUAACUAUUUUGUACAAUAUCUAGCUCAUUAAAUUAAUGCAUAAUUGUAAUUGAUUAUAUAUCCUAGUAAUUGGUGAAAUGAUUGCAAAUUUUUAAUAGUGGCUCUUGUAAUUAUGUUCGGGUUCAGUUAUGCAUUCUCAUGCAGAAAUUGUACUUCAACAAGGAGUUUAAUACUUGCGCAUGAAAUUUUACCAAAAUUUUCUCCUAAACGUUUCAUAACUCUCACAACAGGCAAUUUGGGACUAUAUUAUUACUCACCCCAGAAACAAGUGUUUGAAGCUUCAUAUGAGGCAAUCAAUAACACUUGUUAUCUUCCAUUUGCAUGUAAUAAGUCCUAUGAUAUUUGCACUUCCUCCGGUGAAUGUUCAUGCAUAAGGCUUGUCAAAAGAGGGCUCUCUGGUCUAUAUUGCUGCAAUGAGGAGAUGUUAGCCAGUGGGUCCUGCGAUAAAAGUCGGUUGGGGAUGCUCGAGUUACAUGGUAUCACAACUAUACUAAAUAGCAGUUCUAAAAAGGUCAACCUUACAAAAGCAGCAUGUGCAGACUCAUGUUUGAAUAAUUGUACAUGUGUCGCGGCAAUGUAUGGAGAUGAUGUGAACCGAGAGGGUGAAUGUUAUUUUUAUGGGCUAGUAAGAGGAGUUAAGCAAAUGGGCGAUGAUAGAGAAAGAAAAAUGAGCUAUAUGGUUAAGGUGCCAAAGGAUGUUAUUGAUGAUUGCCAUGGAAAAGCUUGCCGUAUAAACACAUGGGUUUUAGUUGUGGCAGGCAUAGUUGAUGGACUUGUUAUUUUGAUUCUUUCUGUAGGAAUUGGUUACUGUGUAGUCCAAAGGAGGAAAAACAACAUACCUAACGUAGAAAAUAAUCAAAAUAUAAACUAGACUAGGUACCCUCAACCAUCGAGAAACAUUGUUUUAUUGUUUAAUGAAUCCCAUUUUGGAUAUAUAAGUGAGUUAAUUGAAAACAAGGGGUCACUUAUAGUGAUAUGAUAGAUAAUGGAUGUCUGGAUUA